ACCGGAAGUUGCCCAAUGCAGAUGACUGACGUCGCUUUUGUUUUAUCAGCGCACUUCUGCGCCACUGGCUGGCCAAUCAGAGUGAAGACCCGCCCACUUCUGUGUUUCCGGUUUGCUAGCGAGGUACAUAGCUUGGACGCGCGGCAGUUGGGCGACUUUCAGGAAAUAAAGCUCAUCAAUUUGUGCUUCGCAGGAUCAAAUAAUUCAACAAAAAAGAUGGCGGACUGCGUGUCAAAGGUGGAGCUGAGCGUGUCCUGCAAGGACCUGCUGGACAAAGACGUGGGCUCCAAGUCGGACCCUCUGUGUGUCCUCCUGCAGCGCUCGGGGAAAGACGCCUGGACCGAGCUGGGCCGCACAGAACGUCUGAAGAACUCUUCCAGCCCGUCUUUCAGCCAGCGCCUCAGACUGGACUACACCUUUGAGACGGUCCAGAACAUCAAACUGGGGGUCUACGACAUCGACAACAGCUCCCAGGACCUGGGGGACGACGACUACCUGGGAGGGGUGGAGCUCACGCUCGGACAGAUUGUAUCCAGUAAAAGUGUGACCAGACCUCUGCAGCUGAAAAAAGGGAAACCCGCUGGCAAAGGCAGCAUCACAAUCACGGCGGAGGAGAUCAAGGACAACCGAGCCAUCACUCUGGAGCUGGAGGCCAAGAAUCUGGACAAGAAGGACACAUUUGGAAAGUCUGAUCCUUUCCUGGAGUUCUUCAAGCAAGGAGAAGAUGGAAAAUGGCAGCUGGUCCACAGAACCGAGGUGGUGAAGAACAACCUGAGUCCCACCUGGAAGAAGUUCUCCGUUCCUCUGCAGACCUUCUGCAGCAGCGACCUGGAAAGGCCCCUCAAGGUGGAUUGUUCCGACCACGACAGCGACGGCUCGCACGAUCUCAUCGGCUCUUUCACCACCAAAGUGUCGGAGCUGCAGAAAGCAUCGGUGGCGUUUGACUGCAUCCAUCCUGAGAAACAGAAGAAGAAGAAGAACUACAAGAACUCUGGCGUGGUAUCUGUGAAGAGCUGCAAGCUGGUGACGCAGCACACCUUCCUGGACUACGUGAUGGGCGGCUGCCAGAUCAACUUCACCGUGGGAAUCGACUUCACCGGCUCCAACGGUGACCCUCGCCAGCCCAACUCCCUGCACCACAUGAGUCCAGAUGGGCUGAACCAGUACCUGUCUGCACUGUGGUCUGUGGGCCAGGUGGUGCAGGACUACGACACCGAUAAACUGUUCCCCGCGUUUGGGUUUGGAGCCAAACUCCCACCGGACUAUCAGGCCGCGCAUCACGAGUUUGCCCUCAACUUCAACCCCAGCAACCCUUACUGCCAAGGAAUCCAGGGGAUCGUAGAAGCCUACCGCAUGGUUCUCCCUCAGCUCCGACUUUCUGGACCAACAAACUUCUCCCCCAUCAUCAACCAUGUGGCCUCCAUCGCCUCCACUGGUGCUCAGACCAACACUGCCUCUCAAUACUUUGUCCUCCUCAUCCUCACCGACGGCGAGAUCACCGACCUGGACCAGACCCGGGACGCCAUCGUUCGGGCGUCCCGCCUGCCGCUGUCCAUCAUCAUUGUGGGGGUGGGGCCAGCGGACUUCAAGGCCAUGGAGCUCCUGGACGGCGAUGACGGCGUGCUGAGGUCCAUGGUGGGCGAGGCGGUCGCCAGAGACAUUGUCCAGUUUGUCCCCUUCAGGAAGUUCAAAGACGCGCCCGUGGCCACCCUGGCCCAGUCGGUCCUCGCCGAGGUCCCCACCCAGGUGGUCUCCUACUUCAAAAUGAGAGGUCUCCAGCCCCUCAAAGCGCCCGCCAAACCCUAAAGGACGCCACAGACCGUGUCACACCUGACUGAGACUUGGACCACGCCCGAUUACACCCGCUCACCUGGCAGCCAAUCACAAGGCCAGAAGCAACUUUCCCUUUUUUUUAAUACAGAUUUUUUUAUUUUGCAUCACACACUUUUUAGGGUACACAUCACUUCUUGAUUAUUUUUCCGCCCACAUCACUUCUAACUUGUAGGUAUUACACACUCAUGUAUAUUAUUAUACACAUGACACAUUUAUCAUUGUUAUAUACAUGUGCUGAUAUUUGAUAUUCCUACAUUACCCUGGUGACUCGUUCACGUGCACGGCUACAAUCAUUUUUAUGGAUCUGGGAUCAAGGCUUAGCACUUUGCUCUUUAUAUGCUGGAAAACUUAAUGAAAAAUAUAUACAUAUAUAUAUAUGUGUAUACAUGCAUAUUUAUAUAUAUAUGUAUGUAUGCAUACAUUCAUAUAUAUACAUAUAUAUGUGUAUACAUGUAUAUUUAUAUAUAUGUAUGUAUGCAUACAUUCAUAUAUAUAUAUAUAUACACAUAUAUAUACACAUAUGUAUAUAGAUAUAUAUAUAUACACAUAUGUAUAUAUAUAUAUAUAUACACAUAUAUAUACACAUAUGUAUGUAUAUAUAUGUAUAUACACAUAUGUAUGUAUAUAUAUGUAUAUAUAUAUAUAUACACAUGUGUAUAUAUAUAUAUACACAUAUGUGUAUAUAUAUAUAUACACACAUGUAUGUAUGUAUAUAUAUAUACACAUAUAUAUAUAUAUAUAUAUAUAUAUAUAUAUAUAUAUAUACAUACACACAUAUGUAUGUAUGUAUGUAUAUAUAUAUAUAUACACAUAUAUAUAUAUAUACACACAUAUGUAUGUAUAUAUAUAUAUAUACACACACACACACACACACACACACAUGUAUGUAUAUAUAUACACACACACACACACACACGGUAACUUUAUCAUAGCUUUAUGACAUUGCCUUAUUACUAACGCCCUUAUUGCCUGGAACUUUUCUUGUCAGCACAUGUUGGCAGCUCUUUACAUGCUGCAAAUCUUGAUGAAAAAGAUAUAUAUAUAUAAAAAAGACAUAUAUAUGCAUAUAUAUAUAUAUGUGUGUGUAUAUAUAUGUAUAUACAUAUAUAUGUGUAUAUAUAUGUAUGUGUGUGUAUAUAUAUAAAUGUUUGUAUAUAUACAUAUAUAUGUAUGUGUAUAUACAAUAUAUAUGUAUGUAUAUAUACAGUAUAUGUGUAUAUGCAUAUAUAUAGGCAUAUAUAUGCCUAUAUACUUAUAUGCAUAUGCACAUAUCCUGUUUAAAUAGGCAUAUAUAUGCAUAAAUAUGCCCAUAUUUACAGUAUAUGUGCGUAUAUAUAUUUAUAUAUAUAUAUGCCUACAUAAAUAUAUAUAUAUAUAUAUAUAUAUAUAUAUAUAUAUAUGUAUAUAUACAUGCGUCAUAAACUUUAUCAUAGUUUUAUAACAUUGCCUUAUUACGAAUGCCAUUAUUUCCUGGAGCUUUUCUUGUCGCUAAGCAACGUGUAGUCACAUGGCAGCUGAACUUUAAGGACUCACCUGCCCAACAGACAUGAAGGUGAUGUCGUUGACCAGGUUUUUCGCAAAGUGCCUAGAUGGGGAUGUUGGUGCAGCAGUGCUUCUAGAACAACGUGCUUCACAGCAAAUAACUGCAUCCUCUUCAAGCUGCUAACACAAAUAUGCCAAGAUUAGAAUGUCUUAAAGAUGCACUUAAGUACUUCUCAAGUGUGACAUCAUCGUGCCACUUUUGCUUCUUUUAUAGGAGUUUUUUGCCAAACUAAUUGAUGAUGUCAUCAUUAGCCAUGCUUAUCAUUUUUUCUUAAGAGAAAUACAUCAUUUUUAGAAAUAUUUGUUAGUUCUGAUGAUGCUUUGCUCCACAUGUCAUUCCAGUAGUCCGCUGCGUCAUGUGACCACUAACAUCCACCAUGGCCGCCGCUUGUAGAAGUGAAAAUAAAACCAAAAAAAAUUA